AUGGGCCACGCACACCCCUACAUCCAACUCCCCUCAAACGUCACUCCCUCCUCCGUCUCAUCAUCUCCCAUCGCCUCAACCUGCUCAGCCCCCCGCUUCAACUACACCUCAGCCUGCCCUCUCCCCGACCCCAACACCACCAUCCGUCUCCUGGAAAUCUGCCCCGGCUACAACCACUCCGACACCGAAGACCUCUACUGUACGCUCUACACCACCUCCAUCAUCUCCUCCUCCUCCUCAUCAUCACCACCGCCCCAUACCGCCCUCUCCUACGCCUGGGGCGAAGGCACCAAGUCCCGUCGCAUACGAAUCCUUUCCCAAUCCCAGUUCCAAACCCUCAAAGAAAACCAUCAUGACCCCGACAAGGGCUCUUUAUCCCAGGACCUUUACAAAAACGCGUCCUUCCUCAGCAUCACGCCCCCCCUAGACACCUGCCUGCGCACCCUUUGCCGAUUCAACUGCCGCUGGGGACCAACCCACCCUCCGGCGCUCUGGAUCGAUCAGAUCUGCAUCAACCAGGACGACGACGAAGAAAAGGGGUUUCAGGUGGCGCUCAUGAAGGAGAUCUACUCGCUAGCGGAUAAAGUGCUUGUGUGGCUUGGUCCUGACGCAGACGCCUGCGAUGAGGUGAUGCAAGGGUUGGCGGCGAUGGGAUACUUGACUAUGCACCACUCGGGAGGAGUGCUUGGUGGGCCGCCGAUGAAUUGGGUGCCGAACCCUGAUGAGGCGCUCUUUGAUAAGCUGGAAACGCAUCCGGAAGUAAAAGAGCUGCUGAGGAAGGUCAUACCGGUUUUUGUCCCGCUGGCGGUGUCCAGCAAGCUGGAGGCGUGGCUGAAGAGAAGUUGGUUUUCGAGAGUGUGGGUGAUACAGGAGUUUUGUCUCAAUAAAAACGUGCUCGUGGCGUGUGGACGCACCAUGACGUUUGGCGAGCUUCUGUGUCUGGCGCAGGAACUGUUUCUGCUUUUUGAUCGGAUUAGAGCAAAUGUGUAUGCUCUGCCGAUGGCGGUGCGCGAGGAGAUCGGCGAGAGUCUUGCGUUGCUUCAGUCGGUGCCGAUGGAGCGAAUGCCGGUAAGGUUGGGACACUUAUUUGGGAUGCGGCUGUGGCAGAGACAGGGAAGACGGACGCCGUUGCGUAAUCUGCUGGAGAGAAUGUUUACAUCCGCUAGUACGGCCGAUGAUCGCGUGGUUCCGCAAGCUACCAAGUACCGCGAUAGGAUUUAUGGGUUACUCGGUCUGGCGAGCGAUGCUGAGGAUUUGGACAUUCGGCCGGAUUAUAGAAGAUCGACAUCGACUGCUGAGGUUCUAACCCAGGUGGCGCGAGCUAUCAUUCAGAAGGAGUCGCAGCUUCAUGUUUUUCGCUUUGCGCAGUUUCCAAAGGCGAAUGUUGAAGACGAUGACGACGGAGUUGAUGGUGGUGUCCAGUUGGCAUCUCUGCCGUCGUGGGUACCGGACUGGGCAAAUGAUACCGAGUGUAGUCUGGCGUUGGAGACAGAUUACUCGGCGUGCGGGAAGUUUCUAACAGCCGAGAUUAUGCCAACCUCGAGCCCUGCGGUCCUUGGUCUCCGUGGCGUUGUUGUUGACACGAUUGAGGACUUGGGUGUCCCAUGGCCCUCAACCACCAACCGCACUCCUGAGUUGAUUGUCAAAUAUUUUGAGUCACUGAUGCGACUAUGGAAUAUGUCCAACGAAAAGGGCGAUGAUAUCUACCCAACGUCUUCCCGGCGUGAUGAGGCCUUCUGGCGUCUGACUGUGGGGGAUCGUCGUUACCACGGCCAAUCCGGAGAAUGGGCCCCAGGGAAGCCAUUCUCAGCUUUUGUGUCCAGAGAGCCCGCAACGUCCAGCACCCUGUCAGCUUUCCAAGAGCUGCUAGAGUUUUGCCGUGUCAAUAUUUUGUUGAACCGGGAUGAAAAACAAGGCGGAGGAGGAGAUUUAAGCCCAGAGCUGCGACAGUUCGUCAAAGACCGAGGGAUAAUGAUCCAUAAUAUCCCGGGGUCAAGCAUACCCGACUCCGGACGUGUGCGUAUCGCUAGCAGCCGUUCAGCAGAAGUUGCCGCUCAAAACUUGAACCAACAAGCCGUUGUUACAGCUUCAGAGUCUCCCUCAUCAAGGAACAACACAGAGAUCAAUCCCUCCUCCCACGAUACCCCAGACCCGACAUCAUCAUCUCCAGCCCAUCCACCACCAUCAAACCACAUAGAAGUCAUCAUCGCCGACCCCAACAAACCUCCAUCCACUACCUAG